GCAUUCACGUUGGUAAAAAGAUAGACAAGCUGGGCAUGAGGUCAUCAGACACACAUCAGAUCACUUUUGAAGAUGUAAGGGUCCCCAGCAAAAACCUCAUCGGUGAGGAAGGAAAGGGUUUUACAUAUCAGAUGUUGCAAUUCCAAGAAGAGCGGCUGUGGGCAGUAGCCACUGUCCUGACACCACUGGAAACUCUAAUAAGAGAAACUAUUGACUACACCCGCGAGCGGAAGGUGUUUGGCCAGCCCGUCCUGCACAACCAAACAGUGCACUUCCGCCUGGCCGAGUUGGCAACUGAAGUGGAGCUCCUUCGCUCGCUGCUGCGCCGCGCCGUUGCUCUCUACGUAGAAGGCAACGAUGUGACAAAAUUUGCUUCCAUGGCUAAGCUGAAAGCAGGUCGUCUGGCCCGUGAAGUGACUGAUACCUGUCUCCAGUUCUGGGGAGGAAUGGGAUUCACCAGUGAAGUUCUGGUGAGCAGGCUUUACAGAGACUUCAGACUGUUGUCAAUAGGAGGUGGUACAGAUGAAACCAUGCUUUACAUCAUAUGCAAACACAUGGAAAUUCUUCCAAGCAAGUGACGCAUCUCCACUCUUCCUUGAAAAUUAAGAAAGCAAGAGCAUGACCUGUACUGCACACUGAAGG